AUGUUCCCAAAACAAACGUUUUGACUUUUUUUUUGUUUUCUCAUAUUCUUUUAUUUCACAACUUGUUAUUUCCGCCGACUUCACCAGUCACCACCACCUUCAUUUAUUCAUAAAUACGUCUCUGUUCUGUUUUUGUUUCUGUUUCAUUUUCAUACAUAAUUAAGCCAACACGAGACGCAAGAGAGAGAUAGGGAAAGAGAUAAGAGCGACUCUGUUUUGUUGAUCAAAAUCCUUUUUUUUUGUUUGAGGGCUGAAUUUGUUUGUUGAUGGUCAUCUAAAUUUGUAACCUUUAUCUGUUUUAUUGAGUUGUGAAAUUCAGAGAAAAAAUAAAUGAAGUUUUGUAAGAAGUAUGAAGAGUACAUGCAAGGACAGAAGGAGAAGAAGAAUCUUCCUGGUGUUGGGUUUAAGAAACUCAAGAAGAUUCUCAAGAGAUGCAGGAGAAAUCAUGUUCCUUCUAGAAUUUCUUUUACUGAUGCAAUCAACCACAAUUGUUCUCGUGAAUGCCCAGUUUGUGAUGGGACUUUUUUCCCGGAGCUUCUCAAGGAAAUGGAAGAUGUUGUUGGAUGGUUUAACGAGCAUGCUCAGAAGCUUCUUGAGCUUCAUUUAGCUUCUGGUUUUACAAAGUGUCUUACUUGGCUCAGAGGCAACAGUCGAAAAAAGGACCAUCAUGGUUUGAUCCAAGAGGGUAAAGAUUUGGUUAAUUACGCUCUCAUCAAUGCCGUCGCCAUUCGAAAAAUCCUCAAGAAAUAUGACAAGAUUCAUGAGUCUAGGCAAGGACAAGCGUUUAAGACUCAGGUCCAGAAAAUGCGAAUAGAAAUCCUUCAGUCACCGUGGCUCUGCGAGCUUAUGGCGUUUCACAUCAAUCUGAAAGAAUCUAAGAAGGAAUCUGGAGCUACUAUAACUUCUCCUCCUCCUCCUGUUCAUGCAUUGUUUGAUGGUUGCGCUUUGACUUUCGACGAUGGGAAGCCUUUACUUUCCUGCGAGCUCUCUGAUUCCGUCAAAGUUGACAUUGACUUGACUUGUUCAAUAUGCCUGGACACGGUGUUUGAUCCAAUAUCUCUAACCUGCGGUCACAUAUAUUGCUACAUGUGUGCUUGCUCUGCUGCAUCAGUAAACGUAGUUGAUGGCUUGAAAACCGCAGAAGCAACUGAAAAAUGCCCGCUUUGCCGUGAGGAUGGGGUUUAUAAAGGUGCUGUUCACUUGGAUGAGCUCAAUAUUUUACUUAAGCGAAGCUGCAGAGACUAUUGGGAAGAAAGGCGUAAAACAGAGAGAGCAGAAAGGUUACAACAAGCAAAGGAAUAUUGGGAUUACCAAUGCCGAAGCUUCACUGGAAUAUGAUAUAGUUUGAUUUGUGGCUUCUUAAGUGAGAUUCUUGAUUUUGAUAAUAAGAUAGUAAAAAUAAUCUUAAUUUUGAUUUGCUUUCCUCUGUGAGUGUGUUUCCUUGCACAGAGAGUGACGAUUUCUUUGUGAAAAAACUGAAAACUCUUAAGCAUUAAAUAUGGUUUAUAAGUUUGCAU